CAACUCUCCUCCUUCACGAGGAGUAGAUCGACAACACGAUCACGUCGCUUCUAAAAGUACAAUUCAACCACUACUGCAUUGAUAUCCAAUUAUGCUUGUGGAGCAAACUCAAGACGGAAUGUCGGACAUUUCAUCAAGCCCUGGCAUCGCCACAUCAGCCUCGUCGGCAGCCUCGUCGUCGCCCUUCAGCCACUUUAAACCAAAAAAUGCCUCUAUUACAUCCUCUCCUGACCGCUCUCUAAGAUCCUCCCGCGUAGGCGCCGGCAAGUUUGAUCGACGCGACGAACUUGGCAGCUACAUCAACUACCCCGAAAAGAAAAGCCAGUCCAAGUCUGAAAUCAUAUUCUACGAUGAUGACUUUGUCGCAAUCUAUGACAAGUAUCCGAAGUCCAGCGUUCACUGCCUCCUUCUACCCCGUUCUAUUGAACACCAGAGAAUGCACCCAUUCAAGGCCUUCGAAAACCCCCAAUUCCUCGCUUCUGUCCGCGAAAAUGCCGACAAACUCAAGAAGCUUGUUGCGAAGGAACUCCAACGCAAGUACGGAUCCUUCUCUGCUCAAGACAAGGAGCGCGAGGCAGUUUUGAAUGGCGAGGUUGCACUCAAGGACGGACAGCCAUUGCCCAGUGGCAGAGACUGGGAGAAGGAAGUGAGAGUCGGAGUCCACGCCACCCCUUCCAUGAACCACCUGCACAUUCACGUCAUAAGUGUUGACCGUUUCUCGAAGAGUCUUAAGCACAGAAAACACUACAAUUCCUUCUCCACACCUUUCUUUGUUGACCUGGCCGUCUUCCCACUGAUGAGGGACGAUGCUAGGAGGCACCCCACUCGGGAGCGCUACUUGGAAAGUGAUAUGAAGUGCUGGCGCUGCGGCAUGAACUUCGGUAAUCGGUUUGCGAGACUCAAGGAACAUCUCGAGGCCGAGUUCGAGCAAUGGAAGAGGGAAUGAGAAUUUCUUUAGGUCGCCGCAUCAGCACUACGGCGUACAUUUUGCUUAGAUGGUGAAUGAAUAUUUUGUCAUGGAAUUCAAGGCGCAGGAAACUGAAUCCUGGGAUGAAAAGUGGUCAUUGUCAUUGCUGCAGCAGCUUGGACUUCGACACCAAGUUAUUUGCGAAGUUGAAUAAGCGUUUUGCAGUGGAGUUUCAGGCGUGGAACAUGGAAUGGGUGCAUUUGAACUACUGGCUUGCUUUUACCUGGUAGAUAACGAAGAUCCAAUGAAUCACG